AACAGCUCUUUCAUCUCCUGCAAAAUAACAUCCAAAAGAAUCCGAAUCAUCAUCCCAAAUAGGAAAAAUUAUUUCAAUUUCACGAAACAAAAAAUCCUACAAAACAAUGGUGUCUGCUCUUCACGACUCCAUCGCCUCCAUCUGCAAGACCAUCCUACCCACCUCCUUCCGGCGGCAGCGCCGCCCCGCCAUUGCCGCAGGCGAGUCGAAGCAGCAGUCCGACAACCUGAAAUGGCAGCAAGACUCGUUCCACAACAUCCUUAAUUUGAUGGAGCUUUGUAAGGAGGGCAUUGUCCCUACGCAUCAAGUCUCCGCUUUCCGAUCACACCUUCUAGAAACUCUAAUCGCCGCCCCGCCCGACCGCGAGCCGCCGCCGAUUUUACGCGACAAGCUCCUGUUCUUACAGGAAUUGCUCUUUGCCGGAUGCAUAUCGGAGGUCGAAUACCACGCGUCGAAGAGGCCAUUGUUGCAGAGGCUUGCAGUUCAAGGAGCCGAGAUCGAAGCAAGAGACGUAAUACUCGGGGAGCGCCGCGAGACGGUAGUCGACGAAUGGUCGGUAAUCGAUUUGAAAGACGACGUUGUCGUCGGAGAGCCAUUCGACUCGAAGAUCAAACAGAGUUCAGCUGUUAGAAGAAUCAAAGGUGCAGCUUUAUCGGCAUUCGGUUUAUCGAAUGUGAAAAAGAGCGAGUCGAAAUCGAUUUUCGCGAUGGAGAACUUACCGUUAAAUCGCGACGGGAGGAUUCGAGUAGGAUGGCUAAUGAAAUGGAAGAAGAAUGGCUGCGAAGACGACUCGAUCGAACGAGGCCUGUCGAGCUAUGAAGGGAAGCUCGUCGAAAAUCCGAUAGCUGAAGGACCCGAUACGACGCAAAUCAAGCGAAAACUGAAUCCCGACGCUGCCGCGACAGAUUUCUUCGUCGAUAAGGUUUUAGGCAAGAACGUGAGGAAGGAGCUUCGUCGAAUCAGAUUGGAAUCGAAGGCGACGGAUCUAACAGAUGAUCAAAUUGAAGCGAUCUCAACCAGGCUUCCUGUGGACAAGAAGGAUCUCAAGAACAUCUUCCCCAAAACAUGGUGCGACAAGUACGGCGAAAUCGCGCUCGACGUGGUCCGGCGAGAGUUCAAAGAGCACACGAAGCAGAUGGGAAGCCGUCGAAGAUUGGGCGCCAACAAGCACGUCGACAUCGAAAACUCAAAUCCAAAUCUCGUUUCAAGAACGGUUUAAGUAGAAAUGAAAUCGAUAUUGUAUCUGAGACCAAUUCGACGAAAACAUAUCGAUCGAUACAUGGCUCAAGAUGCAAAUUCCGAAACAACCGAUUUUAUGUACACAUAAAUAACAUACAUUUUCCCUAUCAA